AAAGACUAUUAACAAACGACCCUUCCCUCUUCUCUCCCACCGCCGUCGUUAAGGGUGAAAAUGCCUCGCUCGUGUGCACCACCAAGAACCGGGACUGGCACGACAACGAGCACUACAGCGGCGACUGGGAGGUGCUGCCCCCCGACGGCUUCGCGGAGGCGCACAGAAGCUUCCUCCUGCGCAAGGGCUUCCAGCUGGACCUGUUUAAUAUCACGAAAUCCCUGAGGAUCCGGUGCCUGGCGCGUGAGAAGAAGGGCCUCGUGUGGACUCCCGGCAACUCGCUCAAGGUCCUGGCGGAGGCGACGGUCCCGCUGCACGUCCUGGAGGAGGGUCGCGCCGCCUGCCCGCCCACGGAGGACUUCGGCGUCGCCUGGCACCUCACGCCCGCGAGCGAGCGGGACGAGGCCGGGUGCCCCUCCAGCCACCUCGGGCGCGCAGAGAGGUGGUGCCGUUCCCUGCCCCGCCCUUCGCCCAGCUCCCCCCCGCGCUGGGACCCCCCGGACUUCUCGCGCUGCCUGUACGCCCCCCUGCGCUUCGUCCGCACGGCUCUGCUCCUCCACGAGAGGGGGUACAGGACCAUCCCCGGCUCCGUGGACGACCUCGCCGCCGCCUUCAACCGGUUCCUGCUGGAGCGCGAGGUGCCCUUCCUCCCCGGCGAAGGAGGGAGCAUCCUGCAGAUCCUGCGGAAGCUGCAGGAGGUGGCCGAGAAGAAGGAGGAGGGCGAGGGAGGAAGGGGGAGAGGAGAAGGAGGAGGGAUGUCAUCUGGGCUCUUCUUCAGUAUCGUCCAGGAGCUCGUGAGGGAGAAGGAGGCCCUCCACGCCCCGGUAGGUCGAAGGGCGGCUCGCAAGGGCUACUUUGGCGGUCUCUUUUUCCUUGACGCGUGGCGCCUCCUCAGACUCGUCAUGAGGUUCACCAAAUUUAGCCUCUCGUCGCUGAAGUUCGGGUCAAGAGAGAGCCAAGCGACGCACCUGACCUACGUGGCGGCCAAGAUGGGGUCCCUGGCGGCCGGGGGGACCUUCUCCGUGGACAGCGGGCCCUUCGCGGGGGGCGGGGGGGCCAGCAACUCGACGGGUGAGGUGCGGGUGGAAGUCCGCCUCGACGACCACUCUUCGCGGACGUGGUGGGCGGCCCGGGAGAGAGCGGCGAGGGCGUCCGCUUCGGGGGGGAAGGAGGAGACCGACCACGCCCACGCCCGUACCGUCAAGCUGGGCGUCGUCGCGUUCCUGAGCCCGAGGACGAUCAUCGACCGCCUCCUCAUCGGCAAGGACCACAAGACCGAAGUCCCAGUCAUGGUUGAGGCGCCGUUGGUGGAGAUCGUGGGCGUGAGCGAGUCCUCCACGCCCACGUCAGGAGGAGGAGGCACUAGGACGCCCACAGACGCCCCGGGUGCCACCACGAACGCCCCAGUGCCACGGAUUCUGUCUCGGCUCGUCUAUCCCUCUUGUCCUCAGACUCCUUCGGAUCAGGACAAUGUAACACAGGAGGACCCCCGCUGGGCGCCAGGCUGUGGCCGAGCGGACCCCGUCGGCGCCUCCGUCGUGUGGGACCUGAACGCCUGCGAGCUGAGGACGGUCGGCGCCGGAGAGGACCUCUGGGAUGAAGGGCACGACGAGGCGGAAUUCCCCGGUGAAGGAGGAUGCGCGUGUCAUUGCCAAGGGCAGGGGAUCUUCGCCCUCCUGCUGGUGCGGAAGCCAAGAAAGGAACCCUCGCCCGCCUGGGACGCGAACCUCAUGACGGGCAUCAGCUGCGUGGUGGCGCUGGUGGUGCUUGCCCUGUGCUUGGCCCUGCUGCUGCCCCGCGCCGCGCUCUCGUCCGCGCAGCUGCAGCUCCUCAAGUGCCUGUCCCUGGCGGCCGUCAACGCCAUCUUCGCCGCCUACGCACUCGUCCCUGUGGCCAAGACAGAUUACGCCUGGAUAAUGGCUGCCUUGGCGUCGUCCCUGGUUCUGUGUCUGGGCGUGGGCGUGUGUCAGCAGAUGGCGCUGCACCAACACCUGGCCAUCGCGCCCAUGCACCACGCGCCCAUCUCCCCUACGCGGAUCUGCAUCUUUAUUGUGUUUUUGAUCUCCGCCAUGUCCGGCACAAUUGUCUGGACGAUCCACCACAUCAAGCAGUACCCGCUGUCCACCCCCUGGCUCCCCCUGGGCACCGCCUGGGGCAUGACAGCGGUGGUGGCAGGCUUCCUCAUUGCCGUGACGUUGCUGUGGGUCGUGCUGGUGCUGCACAACAUGAUGCAGCUGGCCACGCUCAGAGCCAACACCCCGCAGCAUAAGGGAGCUGUUCUUAUACGAGGGUUGAUGCGUCAGCUGGUGGUGGUGGCCGUGGGCGAGUGGCUCAUGGUGACCGCCAGCUUGGGCCACCAGCAUGCCUUCGGGAGGUACUUCUUCGGGCUGAGUGCAGUCAUUCAGAGCGUGGUGAUGCUCCUGGCGUCUGCGUUUGGAAGUCAUGACGUCACAGCCCUGCAGUGUUGUAGUGGAGCAGCUCCCGUCGACCAGAACAGCCCUGGAGAGCGUGAGGACGGCGCCGACGACAUGGCCGGGACGGAGGGCUGCAUGGGCACCCUCAUGGCGUGUCGCGGGCCCUCCUACGCUGGUGUCUCCGUCCACAACGCCAACAUCCUCCGGGAGGAUGAUUCCACUGAGUUUCGUGCUCGCGGCGGAUCCUUCUGGUCACAGACGACGACGACCUUGGCGCUGUCCGAGACCGGAGAAGUCCUGCCCUCGCCCUCGGACCUCCCGAUGGCCAGGGACACCUUCGGCCUCGAGGGCAGAGCAAGACCCCUCUAUGCCCGCCAGGGCUCCGGCCUCCACACGGCCAGGAACCUCUUCCUGAGAGGAGCGGACUUGCUCCAUGGUGAAGACUCUUCCAGACGGACCCAGGACACGCUCCUUUGUGCCUCAUCCCUUUUGGCCCAGACAGAGGGCAGGCUUCAUGUUGGACUCAAGAGAAACCUUUCCUACAGCUCUCACCAACCCAUUAUCCACGAGUUUCCGCUGGAGAUGUACCAGGGAAGCCCGAAGAAGGGCCGCGACUCCAGCGGGAGGUACCUGGACAUGACGGGGUCGAAGCACAAGAGGAAUGGCGCCUCCUUCGUGGACGGCAGCGGGCGGCCGGUCUCAGCGAGGGUCAGGAGGAGUUACGUGAACGUGAAAGAUGAGCCGGUGCGCCAGCCGGGGCUGCCAACGACCCAGGGGCACCAGGUACAUCCUGAGGACAAGAAGACUGCGAAAAGUUACGUCAAUAUAACCGAAGAUGAGGAAGGAGGAGGAGAAAGUGAAGGAACAGGAGGAGGAGGAGACGACGAACAAGCCAAGACCAAACACCACUACCUGCCCAUGACUGUCCAUCCGCACAGAAUGGUUAUACUUCAUUCCCCCAUAACACCCGAUAGUGACGCUGAUAGCAAUAAAGCAGUUGACAUCCAAAUAGAAGAUCAAGUACAAAUAAAAAAGGAGCAAAAAGAAGAGGUUGGCGAAGACGUGGAUGACAUCCGUAGCUCAAGAGAAAGCCUCAAAAAACUGAAGAAGAAGUAGAAGCAGCCAACAGUA